AUGAACCAUGCCGAGCCGCGACUGGCCACGCCAGCCGAAGGAUGGCACGCCAAACCAGGUACGCACCAUCGGCACUGCUUUGAUCUCCCGUACCUCGCCCCACUUGCCUUGCACCUGCCGAUACCAAGUGGCCGCAUGACCAACGCGUGCUUACAUCUAGAGCCGAUUGAGGCGCUGUUCUCGUAUGAGGCCGCGCAUGACGAUGAACUCAGCCUGACUCGAGGCGAGCCCAUCCAUUUCGUGCAUGCCUGCGAUGACGGCUGGAUCCUUGUGAUUCGCGCAGCGCACGUCAAGCUCCUUGAAGAAGCCCGGCCUCGCCUUUCUGCCGAAUACGGUGCCUGCCUGGGUUGGGUGCCCUCCAACUAUACUUCCUAUGAUCCUUCUGUGCUCGACCACAGCGGUGCCGCUGGAGAUGCAAAGGACACGGAACCCGACUCUGACGAGGAAGAAGGCAUGACCAACGACCACGAGGUUAACGUUGUACCCGACGCGCUUGCGGGCAAGGACAAUGCCCAAAUUGUAAAUUCGAUUGACGCCGGCCAGGCGGCACCCUCGACCUUAUCCGCUCAAGGGUCUGCCGAUCUCUUUGCCGAGACAGACAAUCUCAAUGCCGACGAAGCCGAAGCACAAGGCAUGCACUGGAAGUCCGUCUCGGGCAUUGCCUCAAAGCGCUCCUCCACGAGUCAAGCGAGUCCCGACGCCAAUUCAGGGUCUGCAGCGCCAGUGUCACCGCCAGUCGAGGCGGACGACACAGUCCAGAGGCCACAGCCCGGGCGCCAGCUGUCACAACAAGCCCUCUCGCUAUACGAUCUGGCUCUGCAAUCGUCUGAACCGAAUUCGGUGACGGCCGUGGUUCAAACUCACCAAAACCAAGCCGCUGCUACUGACCCGGAACCCACAAUACCGGAGCCUCUGGCCGCGUCGACAGUCCGCCCUUUAACAAACGCCAGCUCCUCCCCGGCCACUUCAGCUAGCACUCCCGCCGCGGCUGUUGAUACGCUGGCUGAUUCGAUCCAUAGUCAAGCUGCCCAAGGCAAUGUGCAAGCUGCUCCGGUGAAGACCCCGGCCGCCGUGAUGAACACGGAAACCACGCCUUCCUCGAGCAUGGAAGCUCCCGGCUCACCUAAACGGGGCCGAGCCCCGCUGCCGCAGGAACGACCGUUGCUCUACGUGGACCCUCAAGACGCGCUGCACAAGGGCAAGCAAGCCCCGGCCCCGGCCGUGACUGACGAGCGAGGCGUCGUGCUCAAGACGCAGGCAGACGUGCGUCGCCACUGCGUGAUUGCAGAGUUUGACUGCGAUGCUGAAGAGGCCGAUGAGCUUGCCUUUUGUAAAGGCGACGUGAUUGUCCUCCUGCAGGCGGAUCUUGAGAACCCCUGGUGGGAGGGCUACCGCUUUGGGGAAACCCGCGAAUCCUCGGGCUUAUUUCCCUCCCACUACAUCCGUCGCCUCAGCCCGCACGAGGCCCAAUUCUUACACUCCAUGCUUGAAGGCAACAGCGUCCGUGCCCCACCUGCCAUCGCCAGCACCCUCGCCCACGGUGCUUCGAAUCAUGAGCUACCGAUCAAGCACAGCAAUCACAAACGCACCAGCGGAACCAACCUCUACGAAUCACUGGCCCUCCCUGCCCCGCGUCCCAACCGCAAGGCCCCGCCGCCCCCGCGCGAUCAAAAGCCGUACCGCCGACGUCGCUCGUCAUCAGCCUCGGCCAGUCGCCGCAAGUCCUCGACCCAGCUGACUCCUGCAACGGCGGCUGCACCUCGAGGCAUUGACGAGGCCCAACCGUCUGAGCACCGUGCCUCGGGCUCUGCCAUGGCAUCAAAUUCAACGGCCGACAACCAGCGGUGCCCAAGUUUGCCAGCAGCGCGAACGGACCAGCCACCCACUUUGCCUCCGCCCCGAUCCGUUGCGCCCAGCGACGUGCUUCCUCCCGUGGUACCCGAACGAUCUUCUUCCAUUCGCAAAAAGCCACACCGCAAGAGACGCGGAGUCUUUGGGUUGUUUGUACGUCAUCAGUCAAAUGGUCAGUCAAACUCGCGGAAAGCAGCCAGCCCGCACAAACCCCGUGAGCGCCGAAGCGGCCCUGAACCCGAACUUGAGCAGCGGCAGCCGUUGUCGCAAUCCACCCAUGCACCAGAGGUGGAUCCCGUACAGCGUCGCAACAAGAUACCUCAGAACAAGCGACCUGUGCCACCAUCACCCGCAGACGGGACCCUCGCCGAUGGUCAUCGCGCCUCGACUGGGAGUGACCACCAAAACUCGCGCACUCCACGCUCAGCUCCAAAGCCUGGUUUGGUGGAGCGCGACUACAGGGCCACUUGCCCUGACGAGCUGACCCUGCAUGCCGGUGCCACCGUGACCGUCUUGGACACGACAACAGAUGAUCGACGUUGGCGCGGGCGCGACGCACAGGGCUGCGAGGGCUGGUUUCCGGCCGACGUCGUUCAAUUGAUUCAACGUCGGUCGAGGCCUGCAAGCAUCCUGAUGCCCAGUCCGGCCUCAUCAUAA